AUGUCAAAACGAAACCUCUGGUUCGCAGCCGCCGUCGCGCUCCAGACGGGGGCAACAUUCGGCUACUCAGUCGGAUUCGUGGGCGGAGUGCUCGUGCUACCGUCCUUCCUGCGACAUUUCCAUCUCGCCACCGCCCCAGCGCAUGAACUGGCCCGUGCACAGUCUGCCGUUGUCUCGUCGUGGAUCGUAGGUGCCUUCUUCGGUGUCCCUGCAGGUAUCCCGAUCUGCUCCCGCUAUGGCCGCAAGCCGUGUCUGAUGUUUUGUGCGGCGCUGUACCUACUGGGGACGAUCUUGCAAGUGAUCAAUGCCGGCUGGUCUUCCAUUGGCAUCUUUGAGCUGGGUCGGCUGAUGAGUGGAUUCGGGGUCGGGGCCGGAACGCUGGUGUCCCCUAUCUACAUAUCAGAGAUAUCCUCUCCUGCAGACAGAGGGAUCCUGAUGUCGGGAUAUCAGGUUGUUAUCCAAGGUACUGCUCUUGUUGGGUUUUGGGCUGCUUAUGCUGCGAACGCGGCGAUUGCAGGCUCACUCGACCUACAGUGGCAGAUCCCGGUCGCAAUUCAGUUGAUUCCCGGGAGCGUCCUCCUUUUUGGCGCCUUCUUUAUCCCAGAAAGCCCGCAUUACGUCGCCGGAACAGACACGGUCUUCGCAGUCGAGCAGAGCCUAGCCUGGUUCAGGGGCCGAUCGUUCGAUGAUCCGCUCAUCGCCCGCGAAGCAAGAAAUAUCUACGAUGCUGGCUUGUCCGCGAAACGCAGACAAGCCCUCCAGCCCGCGAGCUUCACGCACGCGGCACUUACCAACCCGAUCAGGAGAAGACUCCUAGUCGGGAUCGGGCUCUUCAUCACACAGAACGCCACGGGCAUGAACGCGCUGAACUAUUUCGCACCUGUAGUCUUUCUGAGCAUCACGAAGUCCGUCUCCGGGGCGCUCUUCCUGACUGGGAUCUUCGGCGCCGUGAAACUGCUUUCGGCGUUCUCCUACAUGUUCUACUGCGUGCGUGUCCGUGGAAACCGGUUCUGGCUGUUGGGCGGGACCGCCAUCUGUGCGCUCUGCAUGUUCGUGCUCGCGUACUGUGCGCGGCCCGAGGAUCCGGCGUCCACAGGUCCUGAUCAUGCCUCAAUCAAAGAUGUCCUUGCCGUCGCAAGCAUGUAUCUUUUCGCAUACUCGUUUGGCCUGUCCAGCGGACCCAUAGCCUGGAACGUGUGCAGCGAGAUCUUCCCGUCGCACCUCAACGCCAAAUGCUGCGCCAUCACCACUUCUACGCAGUGGGCGUGCCAGAUCGUCAUCGCGGCCAUCACGCCGCUCCUGCUGGCUUCGAUCGGUACGCAGACGUUCACCGUCUACGGUGCGUGCACCAUGCUCGGCCUGAUUUUCUGCUGGGCCUUCGUUCCCGAGACCAGGGGUGUCGCGCUCGGUAGGGAGAUGUCCCUCGCAUUCGGCCAGGACGUCAAGGACGACGAUCCUGCCGACGUCGAAGAGGUCGAGGAUAUAUUCGAUGAGGUUACGCCUUUGCUUCGCGAUCAGAAGAGGAGGAGAAGGAGCUCGGUCGCCAUUGUCGUUUAG